AGAAUGCACCAAUACUCGAAGAAGACACUCAAAAAGUAUUUUUCUUUUCUCUCUUUCCUUAACAAACACACAUCGUUUCGCGCCAUGACGAUAAGUGGAGCCAAAAUUUCGGAGUUGGUCAUCGUAAAUGGAAUAGGUAUCGUCGUCAUCCUUUACUGUUACGGCACAUUCUCCAAUGUUAUCCGCCACCUACAGUUUCAGUUGAAUGGAUCGCCCAAGUCCGUGGAUCAGGCUGAGGGUGGUGAAGAAGAAGAAGAAGAAGAAGAUGCUGAUUCUACUGAUGCUAAGUUGCCGUUGAAAGGAUCGAUGAAUUCUGGGGAUCCACCUAAAGGUGAAGAUACCGAUUCCACUGAUGCUCAGGUUUCUGGAGUUCAAAGUGUUAUUGCUAUGAGUAACUCACAACAAAAAGUGAAAAGAUUGGACAAUACAAAUCAUUCAACAAGGGUUAUCAAGAACCCUGUACAUGAGUUGAUGCCAGAAAAAAGGGGGAAAAUACAGAAAGCUGAAAUAAGACUACGAGCCGGUGGAGGACAUAGUCGAGCUGAAGAUGCUGAUUCCGCUGAUGCUCAGAUAAAUACAAAUCGUUCAACAUUGAUUAUUAAGCGCCCUGGACAUGGAAUAGACUUGAUGUCAGAAAUAAGGGGGAAAAUGCAGAAGCUGAAAGAUAAUAUACUAGCCGGUGGAGGUCAAAGUUCUGUCAUGUGGUAAUUUGAGUUGGACUAUGUAACAACAGUUAUGCAGGACGUUUAGUUUAUUUUUAGUCAGGGUGUUGUAAAUAUAUAUAAUUCAAGUGGAUGACAUCUCAAUCACCAGAUUUUUUAUUAGUGCACUCUAAAGGAUAAUUUUUCCUAUAUUGGAUUUGUUAAUUUACACACUUAAAAACAUUAUUGUAAGUCACUUGAAAUUAAAGGAUAAUUUUGUCGAUGCCA